AUGUCUUUCUCUCAACCAAUGUUUGGCUUCCAAGGCGGUCCGCCUCAGAACCUCACAGGCCUGUCUCCCUAUGGUGCUAUUCCUUCGAAUCCUCACCCACAAUACCCCUAUCCAGCCCCCUCUCCCGUCAGUCUGGAGGGCGGGUCCAGAUCUCUGAUGAACAAUCCCUACCCCCAUCCCGAAGCUGCUCCACGCAUGCCCGCCUAUCCUACCUCGCCAUCCUACAACAAUCUGUCCCCGGUUUCACCAACAACCCAUAUUAUUCCGGGAAUCCGCGGUUCCGCCAGUUCACCUCGACAGAUGUAUCACGACAUGCCGCAGACUCCUGUGACCAUGGCGAUCGGUUCAAAGAGGCUGAGCAUGAACUCUUCUUCGAGUGAGAAUGAGGAUAUCCGGAGAGGUGUCAGAAGGGGUUCGAGUGUCGACGAUGUUGAAUGCACGGAAGAGCAACCUUGGGGGAUGCCUCAAGAAGACUAUAAGGCUUUGCCCCCGGCGGCAAAGAAGCAGGUCAGAAACAGAAUUGGUGCUCGAAAGUUCCGUGCUAAGCGCAAAGACUAUGUGACCACUCUCGAAGCCAGCUUGCGUGGGCGUGAGGAAGAGAUUGCCGAGUUGCGCGCCCAGGUCGAUGCCCAGCAUACCGAAAUCCAAGAGCUGCGAAGUCGAUGCGGUCUCCCUCCUAAGCGUGUGGCCGGUAGCGGUUUGGGCCUCACCACUGAGCCCAGAAGCAUCUAG